GGGCGAGAUUUGUCACUGAAACUGUUUUGUCAUUUUGAGUGUAAAAGUCUUCUUUUCUUGCGUCGUAGGUCUCAUACCGAAGUGAAAUCUAUAUUUGUCCGAUGGCUGACACAAGUGACCCAGGUGGUGGGCAGCCGCCUGAAACCCAAGUUGUUGUUGCCGACUUAAAUAAGUUGGUAAAAUACCUAAAAAGAGUGGUCCCGGUUUUAUUGGAAGAAGCCGACGACGUUCCAGUUUCCCUAGCUAACGCUCUAGGAGAUAAGAUUCACCAAGAUGACAUGAAGAAGUUCCUCUCUGACUCACAGAUAACUACUCUGUUUGUCCAGAGGUGUACAGCGAAGGAUGAUGCAGAUGAAUCUGCAACAGAAAGUGAAGCAGAGACCGAGGCACUCAUGUAUGACAUCAGCACUGAAGUGAGGUUUAUCAGCACAAAGGUCAUGGGUGUGGUGGUGAUCAAGCGAGGAACAGUAGUGGAAGCAGACAAACCUAUUAGCUCCCAGUUACGAGUGAUGAGUCUCAGUGAUGGAAACCCCUAUGAAGUACUUCACUCUUAUGUCAGCUGUUCAGUGGCACCAUACUUCAAGUCGUAUGUCCGGGAGACUGGUAAGGCAGAACGUGAUGGAGACAAGAUGGCACCGUCUGUAGAGAAGAAAAUUGCCGAGUUGGAGAUGGGUCUGUUGCACCUGCAACAGAACAUCGACAUUCCAGAAGUGACUCUCCCUGUCAACCCAGUGCUGACUGCCGUCAUUAAGAAAUGUCAGGAAGAAAAGCGUAAACCGAAAGUGGCCGAUUUUGGCGAUAAGGUUGAGGACUCUAGCUUUCUCAACAAUCUGCAGAACGGUGUCAACCGUUGGAUCCGAGAGAUUCAAAAGGUGACCAAGCUGGACAGAGACCCAGCUUCAGGCACUGCACUGCAGGAGAUUAGUUUCUGGCUGAAUCUUGAGAGGGCAUUGCUUAGAAUUCAGGAGAAGAGAGAAAGCCUAGAAGUGACACUGACCCUAGAUAUCCUAAAGCAUGGCAAGCGCUUCCAUGCUACUGUGAGCUUUGACACCGAUACAGGACUCAAGCAAGCCUUGGACACAGUGAAUGACUACAGUCCACUGAUGAAGGAUUUCCCCCUGAAUGACCUGCUGUCAGCAACUGACCUGGACCGUAUUCGCAUUGCUCUGCAUGCCAUCUUUACUCACCUGCGGAAGAUCAGGAACACACGCUACCCGACUCAACGAGCCCUCAGACUGGUAGAGGCAAUAUCCCGUGACUUGAGCACUCAGCUACUAAAGGUGCUGGGUCCUCGGCGGCUGAUGCACGCUCCCUAUGAGGACUUUGAGAAGGUGACGAGUGCAUCAUUUGAUGUAUUCAGCACAUGGGACGAUGAGUAUGACAAGCUGCAGGGCUUGCUGAGAGACAUUGUGAAGAAGAAACGAGAGGAGCACCUAAAGAUGGUGUGGCGAGUGAAUCCCGCGCAUAAACGCUUACAGGCUCGUCUAGACCAGAUGAGAAAGUUUCGUAGACAGCACGAGCAGCUGCGCACGGUCAUUGUACGUGUGCUGAGACCAGCUGCUGUGCCCCGGGCGUCAACACCUGGCACGGGACCGGACGGGGAGGGCACCGAGUCAAGUGCCGAGGCCAUCGCAUUCGACACUGCAGACAUUAAUGCCAUUGAGGAAGUGAACUUGGCAUAUGAGAAUGUGAAGGACAUCGAUGGCUUAGAUGUGUCGAAGGAUGGAACCGAAUCGUGGGAAGCAGCUGUCAAAAGAUAUGAUGAGCGGAUCGACCGUGUUGAGGCACGCAUUACGGCUCGCCUGCGCGACCAGCUCGGAACAGCGAAGAACGCCAACGAGAUGUUCCGCAUCUUCUCGCGGUUCAACGCGCUGUUCGUGCGUCCGCACAUCCGCGGUGCGAUCCACGAGUACCAGACACAGCUGAUCCAACGCGUGAAGGAUGACAUUGAGGCGCUACACGACAAGUUCAAGGUGCAGUACCCGCAGAGUAAGGCAUACAGAAUGAGUAAGGUGCGCGACCUGCCGCCUGUGUCCGGCUCCAUCAUCUGGGCGAAGCAGAUCGCACGGCAGUUGCUCGCCUACCUGCGCCGCGUUGAGGACGUGCUCGGCAAGGGCUGGGAGAACCACGUAAGGGCGCCAGCUGAAGACACGACGGCGACAGCUUCCGCCAUGAAGCUCAACAUGCAGGAGCUGUUUGACGACUCGCGCAAGGUGCAGCAGCGGCAGCUCGGCGUGUCCGGCAAGAUCUUUGCGAUCGAGUCGCAGCGUUCGCGCGCCACGGGCAAGCAGAGCGUGCUGAGGCUGAAGGUCAACUUUCUACCCGAGAUCAUCACGCUGGCUAAGGAGGUGAGGAACCUCAAGUGGCUCGGCUACAGAGUGCCGUUGGCCAUUGUGAACAAGGCACAUCAAGCGAACCAGCUCUACCCAUUUGCCAUUUCUCUGAUCGAAAGCAUUCGUACAUACGAACGGACAUGUGAAAAGGUUCAGGAGAAGCAAACCAUCCAGUUGCUGGUUGCUGGCAUGAAGGUAGAAGUACAGGUGCAGAUAAGUGCCGGGGCGCAGCUCGUUUGGGAGUCCUACAAACUCGACCCAUACGUUCAGAAACUGGCCGAUCACAUCUUCAACUUCCAGGAGAAGGUGGAUGACCUACUGGACGUGGUGGAACAGAUAGACGUGGACGUGCGCCUGCUCGAGACGUGCCCUUACAACGCGAAAAUGCUUGCCGACGUCAUGAAUAAGAUCCAGAAGUACGUUGACGGACUCAGCCUGCACCAGUACUCCAACCUACACCAGUGGGUGCUGAAGCUUGACGAAGAGGUGGAGAAAAGGCUAGCUAUGAGACUGCAAGCUGGACUAAAGGCAUGGACAGACUGUCUGAAAGGAAAGCAAAAAGACACAGACAAAGACACAGAUGGUACUGUUAGCAAGCUUGGUGGUGAGCCAAAGAUCACGGGCCUGGUACAUGAAGUUCGCAUGACCAACCAAGUCAUGUAUCUGAGUCCGUCCAUCGAGGAAGCGCGUUGCAACAUCAUGCAGCAGCUGUUUGCCUGGGAGGCCGUCGUCACCUCUCAGUCAAGGAUUAAGAGUUCCCGAUACCAGGUUGGUCUUGAGAAGGAUUCUGACAUGGAAGCAACUUACAAAAACCUGCUGACGAAGCUGCCAGAGGGGCCUAUUGUGCUGGAGGAUGCCUACACAGCCAUCGAAGACAUACUCAACAAGGUGGAAGACUAUGUCAAGAUCUGGUUACGUUACCAAUCGCUAUGGGACCUUCAGCCUGAGAAUGUCUACAGCAGACUGGGCGAUGACCUCAAUUUGUGGAUGAAGGCACUGGUUGACAUCAAGAAAGCACGUUCCACGUUCGAUACGACCGAGGUUAGGAAGGAAUUUGGUCCUGUGGUUAUCGACUAUGCAAAGGUGCAGAGCAAGGUUAGCCUCAAGUAUGACUCGUGGCACAAGGAUGUCCUGAGCAAGUUCGGAAGCCAUCUUGGAAUUGAGAUGUCAGAUUUCCACGGGACUAUAUCGAAGUCACGUGGUGAUCUGGAGCAUCAGACGAUUGAGACAGCAAGUACGAGUGAGGCGGUGGGCUUUAUCACUCAAGUGCAGUCUCUCAAGCGCAAGAUGAAGAACUGGGAAAAACAGGUUGAGUUGUACAAGGAAGGGCAGAGGCUGCUGGAGAGACAACGCUUCCAGUUCCCUGCACAGUGGCUGCACAGUGACAACAUCGAGGGAGAGUGGGGUGCCUUCAAUGAAAUUAUCAAGCGCAAGGACAGUUCCAUAUCUGCACAGGUGGCAAGCCUGCAGACGAAGAUUGUGGCUGAAGACCAGUCUGUGGAAGUGCGUACCGGUGACAUGCUGAGUGAAUGGGACAAGAACAAGCCAGUCGAGGGCAGCAUGCGUCCUGAUUCUGCAUUGAAGGCACUUUCCAUUAUGGAUGGAAAGUUUACACGGCUGAAGGAAGAUAGAGAGAAUGUGACAAAGGCAAAAGAGGCGCUGGAGCUACAAGAACCAGGAAUGGUAAGUCCCACAGAGGAGAGGGUCCAGGUCGCAUUGGAGGAGAUGCAUGACUUGAAAGGAGUCUGGCAGGAACUGGCCAAGGUCUGGGAGAAGGUUGAUGAACUGAAGGAGAAGCCCUGGCUGUCGGUGCAACCAAGGAAGCUACGUCAUGAGCUCGACACGUUGCUUAGUCAGCUAAAAGACCUACCAGCCCGUCUACGUCAGUACGCCUCUUAUGAACACGUCAGGAGACUGCUGCAGGGAUAUGCCAAGGUCAGUGGCAUGGUGAUACACAAUCUCAGCAUUGUGCACAAUGUGAAGCAGGUUAUAGCAGAGAAAAAUGGAUUUGACCACAUCGUAACAGCAAUAAAUUUUAUCGGGCAGAAUUGUAUUAGUACAGAAUUCCUCACGCUGAUGAAGAAGGUGACCAAGUCGCCAUUGGUGCUGGAUGUAGUGAACAUACCUGGUGUGCAGAGAUCACUGGAGAGGCUAGCAGACCUACUUGGCAAGAUACAGAAGGCUCUUGGGGAGUACCUGGAGAGGGAGAGGGCAUCCUUCCCCAGGUUCUACUUCAUUGGUGAUGAAGACUUGUUAGAGAUCAUUGGUAACAGCAAGAACGUUCCUCGACUACAGAAGCACUUUAAGAAGAUGUUUGCAGGCAUUGCGGCCAUCAAACUGAAUGAGGAUGCUACUGUAGUGGAGGGCAUUUCAUCUAGGGAAGGAGAAGAAGUGGAUUUUUCGACUACAGUAUCCAUCAAGGAUCACCCUAAGAUAAAUGAGUGGCUCACCCUAGUGGAGAAAGAGAUGAGGAUGACCCUGGCCCAUCUCUUGGCUAAGGCUGUGCAGGACGUGCAGCAAUUUCGAAGUGGUAUGAUCUCGAAUCAGGACUAUCUCGCCUGGGUCGACACAUACCAAGCGCAGAUCGUAGUUCUGUCAGCUCAGAUCAGCUGGUCGGAGUCGGUUGAGUUGGCACUGCAGACGAUCUCCAACCAGAAGAAUGCGGAUGACCUUAAGGACAUGGAGACGGUGCUGCAGACUGUUGAAGCCACGCUGAACGUGCUCGCUGAUUCUGUGCUGCAGGAGCAGCCAGCCGUGCGCAGGAAGAAGCUGGAGCAUCUGAUUACAGAGUUGGUGCACCAAAGAGAUGUAACGAGAGAUCUACUGAAAUCUAAGAUCAAUCACCCCAAAAACUUUCAAUGGUUGAAGCAAAUGCGCUUCUACUUUGAUCCCAAGAACUCGGAUGUACUGCAACAGCUGUCAAUACAUAUGGCAAAUGCAAAGUUCAAUUAUGGCUUUGAGUAUCUUGGCGCCACAGACAAGCUUGUACAGACUCCGCUGACUGACCGCUGCUAUCUAACCAUGACCCAAGCUUUAGAGGGCAGACUUGGAGGAUCCCCAUUUGGUCCUGCUGGAACAGGCAAGACUGAAUCAGUGAAAGCACUGGGCAACCAACUAGGUAGAUUUGUACUAGUCUUCAAUUGUGAUGAGACAUUUGACUUCCAGGCAAUGGGCCGAAUCUUUGUCGGCCUGUGUCAGGUCGGAGCAUGGGGAUGCUUUGAUGAAUUCAACAGACUUGAGGAGCGCAUGCUAUCAGCUGUCUCUCAGCAGAUACAGACAAUCCAGGAGGCAUUGCGAGAGCAAGCUCAAGAGGGCGGGCGUGGUAAGACCUCUGUCACCAACAUCCAGGUGGAGCUGAUAGGCAAGCAGGUGCGCGUGAGCACGGACAUGGCCAUCUUCAUCACGAUGAACCCUGGUUAUGCCGGCCGAUCGAAUCUGCCGGACAACUUGAAGAAGCUGUUCCGUAGCCUCGCCAUGACGACGCCCGACAGACAGCUGAUUGCGGAGGUGAUGCUGUUCUCGCAGGGAUUCCGCACUGCCGAGAGACUCGCUAGCAAGAUCGUUCCUUUCUUCAAGCUGUGUGAUGAACAGCUGAGCCAUCAGUCUCAUUAUGACUUUGGGCUGAGAGCUCUGAAGUCGGUGCUCGUAAGCGCAGGCAAUGUGAAGCGCGAUCACAUCCAGCGUAUCAAGGAGCAGCUGAUCGAGAGUGGAGCGGCAGUAGAUGAGGGCAGCGAGGGCAGGAUUGCAGAGAACCUGCCCGAACAGGAGAUUCUCAUCCAGAGUGUGAUGGAGACGAUGGUGCCGAAGCUGGUUGCCGAGGACAUUCCGCUGCUGCACUCUCUGCUCUCGGACGUCUUCCCAGGUGUGCAGUACACGCGCGCUGAGAUGAGAGCCCUGCGAGACAAGAUACACCAGGUGUGCCAGGAGACCUACCUCGCCUGUGGCGAGGGCGACGAAACAGGCUCCCUCUGGAUGGAGAAGGUUCUUCAGCUGUAUCAGAUCACACAGCUGAAUCACGGCCUAAUGAUGGUGGGGCCAAGUGGCAGUGGCAAAUCUACUGCAUGGAGAACACUGCUCAAGGCUCUAGAGAGGUUGGAGGGAGUGGAAGGUGUGGCUCAUGUGAUUGACCCUAAGGCCAUCUCGAAAGAUGCGCUCUAUGGCACUCUAGAUCCCAACACUCGCGAGUGGACCGAUGGCCUGUUCACUCACAUACUGAGAAAGAUUAUUGACAAUGUGCGUGGUGAGAGCGGUAAGCGACAGUGGAUCAUCUUUGAUGGCGAUGUUGAUCCUGAGUGGGUUGAGAACCUCAACUCUGUGUUGGACGACAACAAGCUGCUGACUCUGCCCAACGGCGAGCGACUGUCCCUGCCACCGAACGUUCGUGUGAUGUUCGAAGUACAGGAUCUCAAAUACGCGACGCUUGCUACCGUCUCGCGGUGUGGCAUGGUCUGGUUCAGCGAGGAUGUGCUCUCCAUGGAUAUGAUCUUUGAGAACUACCUGGCACGCCUGCGCAGUAUACCCCUGGAUGAGGGAGAGGAUGAUGUCACCAAGGCUCACCAUCAUGAACAUAAGGAGAUGGAUGUUCUCUCUCCCUCUCUGCAGGUUCAGAGAGACGUGGCUGCAAUCCUACAGCCAUACUUCGUGCCUGGGGGCCUCGUCAUAAAGGCGUUAGACAAGGCGAGCACGUUGGAUCACAUCAUGGACUACACUCGCCUGCGUUCUCUCAGCUCACUGUUUUCCAUGCUAAAUCAGUCGGCAAAGAACGUCAUCGGGUACAACUACAACCACCAGGACUUCCCAAUGCAGUCCGAUCAGCUGGAACGUUAUGUACCACGCAGUCUAGUCUACUCAAUGCUGUGGUCUUUCUCUGGCGAUGGGAAAUUAAAGAACAGAAUAGAGCUUGGCGACUACAUUCGUAGCAUCACAACCAUCCCUCUGCCACCAUCCACCAACAUACCCGUGAUUGACUAUGAGGUAUCCAUGGGAGGAGAAUGGGUGCCUUGGCAAACCAAGGUGCCGCAGAUUGAGGUUGAGACUCACAAGGUGGCAGCACACGACAUCGUUGUGCCAACAUUGGACACAGUCCGCCAUGAGGCUCUGCUCUAUACUUGGCUUGGUGAGCACAAGCCCUUGGUUCUGUGUGGCCCUCCUGGCAGUGGCAAGACCAUGACACUUUUCAGUGCUCUCAGAGCUCUGCCAGAUAUGGAGGUGGUUGGUUUGAACUUCUCGAGUGCGACAUCUCCCGAGCUGCUGCUGAAGACCUUUGAUCACUACUGUGAGUACAGGCGCACGCCGAACGGCACCGUGCUCUCUCCCGUUCAGUACGGCAAGUGGCUCAUCUUGUUCUGUGACGAGAUCAAUCUGCCCAACAUGGACAAGUACGGCACGCAGCGAGUGAUCUCCUUCCUUAGACAAAUGGUGGAGCAUGGAGGAUUCUAUCGUGGCUCAGACCAGUCCUGGGUGAGACUGGAGAGAAUUCAGUUUGUGGGUGCAUGCAACCCACCGACCGACCCUGGAAGGAAACCACUCUCACACAGGUUCCUUCGCCACGUCCCCGUAGUGUAUGUUGAUUACCCAGGAGAGGUUUCCCUCAAGCAAAUCUAUGGCACCUUCAACAGAGCCAUGUUGCGCAUGAUACCUUCUCUGCGCCCAUAUGCUGAUCCACUCACCACAGCUAUGACUGAGCUGUACUUGCUUUCACAGGAGCGCUUCACACAGGACAUGCAGCCACACUACGUGUACAGCCCGCGAGAGAUGACUCGCUGGGUGAGGGGCAUCUGCGAGGCACUGCGACCCCUUGAGACACUCAGUGUCGAGGGACUCGUGCGCAUCUGGGCUCAUGAGGGCCUGCGUCUCUUCCAGGACAGGCUGGUAGAGGACGAGGAGAGACAAUGGACAGAUGAGAACAUAAACAUGGUAGGACUGAAGCACUUCCCUGGCAUCAACCGGGAAGCUGCCCUUGGCCGGCCAAUCCUAUACAGCAACUGGCUGUCAAAGGACUAUGUACCAGUAGACCUGGAAGAACUGAGGGACUAUGUUAAGGCGAGACUAAAGGUGUUCUAUGAGGAGGAGUUGGAUGUUCCAUUGGUGUUGUUCAACGAGGUUCUGUACCAUGUGCUUCGCAUAGACAGGAUCUUCAGGCAGCCACAGGGCCAUCUGCUGCUGAUCGGCACGAGUGGAGCAGGCAAGACGACCCUGUCGCGUUUUGUUGCCUGGCUCAAUGGCAUACAUGUCUACCAGAUCAAGGUGCAUAACAAGUACACUGCAAUGGACUUUGAUGAGGACCUGCGUACAGUGCUGCGGCGUGCAGGGUGCAGGGACGAGAAGAUUGCCUUCAUCAUGGACGAGUCGAACGUACUCGAUUCCAGCUUCCUCGAGAGAAUGAACACCCUGCUGGCUAAUGGAGAGGUACCGGGCUUGUUUGAGGGUGAUGAGUAUACCACACUGAUGACUCAGUGCAAGGAAGGCAGUCAGAGGGAGGGUCUGAUGCUAGACAGCAGUGAGGAACUGUACAAGUGGUUCAUAGGUCAGGUCAUCCACAACCUACAUGUCGUCUUCACGAUGAACCCAUCAACGGAGGGCUUGAAGGAUCGCGCGGCCACAUCUCCCGCACUGUUCAACAGAUGUGUGUUGAACUGGUUUGGAGAUUGGAGCAAUGGUGCCCUCUAUCAAGUUGGAAAGGAGUUUACUAACAAGCUCGACCUUGAAACUCCUAACUACCUGGCACCUGACUACUUCCCUAAGGCGUAUGGUGGGUUGCCGGACCACCCCAGUCACAGGGACGCAAUCGUGAAUGCAUUCGUGUAUGUGCACAGCACUCUACACCAGGCAAAUGCGAAGCUGCAACGACGCGGAAAUCGCACGAUGGCUAUUACACCUCGGCAUUACCUUGAUUUCAUCAACCACUAUAUGAAACUGUUUAAUGAGAAGCGCAUGGACCUGGAGGAGCAGCAGCUCCACCUGACGGUGGGUCUGCAGAAGAUCCAUGAGACUGUCAACCAGGUGGAGGAGCUGCAGAAGUCACUCGCCAAGAAGUCGCAGGACCUGGUAUCGAAGAAUCACCUAGCCAAUAACAAACUAAAGCAGAUGGUGAAAGACCAGCAAGAGGCCGAAAAGAAGAAGGUUACAUCGCAGGAGAUUCAGCAAGCUCUACUGGUGCAGACCAAGGUCAUCAAUGAGAAGAAGACAUUUGUGCUGCACGACCUUGAGCAGGUGGAGCCAGCUCUCGUUGACGCUCGCACCGCUGUAAAGUCAAUCAAGAAGCAACACUUGGUCGAGGUGCGAUCGAUGGGCAAUCCACCUGCCAUGGUGAAGCUCGCCCUGGAGUCUGUGUGCCUCCUACUGGGCGAAAAUGCGACGGAUUGGAAACAAAUUCGCACGGUCAUCAUCCGCGACAACUUCAUCACAACAAUCGUCAACUUUGACACGAACGACUUGACGGAUGACAUUCGUUUGAAGAUGAAGCAGAAAUAUCUAGACAACCCUGACUUCAACUUUGUGAAUGUGAACCGUGCAAGUUUGGCCUGUGGUCCCCUAGUGAAGUGGGCCAUUGCACAGGUGAACUAUGCAGAGAUGCUGAAUCGGGUUGACCCACUCCGACAAGAGUUGAAAAAUCUGGAGAGAACAGCGAAUACGAACAAGCUGAAGGGAGAAGAGGUCAACAAGCUGAUCAGUCAACUAGAAAAGAGCAUUGCUGCUUACAAGGAAGAGUAUGCCAUGCUCAUCAGCCAAGCUCAGGCUAUCAAGACUGACCUCGCCAACGUGCAGGGGAAGGUUGACCGCAGUGUGGCGCUACUGAAGAGUCUGAGCAGUGAGCGGUCUCGCUGGGAGGCCAGCAGCGAGACGUUCAAGGCGCAGAUGUCUACGAUCGCCGGCGACGUGCUGCUGUCGUCUGCCUUCCUCGCCUACGCUGGCUACUUUGACCAGCACUAUCGCCAGCACCUGCUGCACAGCUGGUCCAACCACCUGCAGCAGGCCAACAUCAAAUUCAGGAGUGAUCUCGCUCUGGUCGAGUACCUGUCGAAUGCAGACGAGCGUCUGAGAUGGCAGGCGAAUGCGCUGCCACCCGACGACCUGUGCACCGAGAACGCCAUCAUGCUGAAGCGCUUCAACCGCUACCCGCUGAUCAUCGACCCGUCAGGUCAGGCGACCGAGUUCAUCAUGAAUGAGUACAGAGACAAGAAGAUCACCAAGACCAGUUUCCUCGACGAUGCGUUCCGCAAGAACCUGGAGAGUGCUCUGCGCUUCGGCAACCCACUGCUGGUGCAGGACGUCGAGAACUACGACCCGAUCCUCAACCCUGUGCUCAACAGAGAGCUUCGGCGCACCGGCGGACGUGUGCUCAUCACUCUCGGCGAUCAGGAUAUCGAUCUGUCACCUUCGUUCGCCAUCUUCCUCUCGACGAGAGAUCCAACGGUGGAGUUUCCACCAGACAUUUGCUCGCGUGUGACAUUUGUCAACUUCACGGUGACGCGCAGCAGCCUACAGAGCCAGUGUCUGAACCAGGUGCUCAAAGCUGAGAGACCAGAUAUUGAUGAGAAGCGCUCAGAUCUCCUCAAGCUGCAGGCACUAUGGCUGUCUGUUGAAAUAUUCAUUCAUGUCUUGAUUGUCAUUGGUGCUCUGGAGAAGCUGAAGCAUGAGGCAGGGGAGGUGAGCAAGAAGGUCGAGGAGACUGAUAAGAUCAUGGCAGAGGUGGACGCCACCUCUCAGCAGUACAUGCCACUGUCGAUAGCCUGCAGCUCCAUCUAUUUCACCAUGGAGGCUCUUAACCAGGUCCACUUCCUGUACCAGUAUUCGCUGCAGUUCUUCCUGGAGAUCUUUAGUGCUGUGCUGCACAACAACAACCGGCUAGUGAACGUCACCGACUACAACGCGCGCCUCUCCAUCAUCACCGCUGACCUGUUCCAGGUUGCUUACAACCGUGUAUCGCGAGGCAUGCUGCACCAGGAUCGCAUCAUCUUUGCUAUCUUACUCAGUCGCAUUCACCUGCGAGGAGUCACCAGUGAGCCCAGCUAUGAGCAGGAGUUCCAGUACUUGCUGAGAGGAAAGCAGGGGCUCAUUGGAGAAACCCUUCCCAAGAUUAAGGGCCUUACACCUGAGCAGGUGGAUGCUGUGCUGAGGCUGAGCAAGAUACCCAUGUUCAGUGGCAUGCAGAAAUCUGUGACCUCCAACCCAGAUUUCCAGGCAUGGUUAGAGUCAGACCAGCCAGAAACCAACGUACCAGUUGUUUGGGACGACACCAAGGAACUCAGUGCUGUAGCUCAGACCCUGCACCGCAUGCUGACCAUCCAGGCGUUCCGGCCGGACCGACUGCUCGCCGCCACGCACCUGUUUGUCGGUGCCGUGCUUGGUGAGAGCUUCGUGUCGAUGGGAAGAUCCGACCCUGACCUUGGGGCUGUCGUUGAGCAGGAAAUCAAGUCGAGCACGCCAGUUCUCAUGUGUUCGGUACCAGGAUACGAUGCCAGCAGUCGCAUUGAUGAUCUGGCGACAGAACUGGGUAAGCAGAUCACAUCUAUUGCCAUUGGCUCAUCGGAGGGCUUCAGCCAGGCAGACAAGGCCAUCAACUCUGCAAGCAAGAGUGGAAGAUGGGUUAUGCUGAAGAAUGUUCACCUAGCUCCACAGUGGUUGAUGCAGCUAGAAAAGAAGAUCCAUUCUAUUCAGCCUCAUGACAGCUUUAGACUCUUCCUCACUAUGGAGAUCAAUCCGAAGGUGCCAGUCAAUUUUCUACGAGCCGGCCGUAUCUUUACGUUUGAGCCACCUCCUGGAGUGAAGGCUAACUUGCUGCGCACAUUCAACGCUGUGCCUGCUGCACGUAUGUGCCGGGAGCCCAACGAGAGAGCUCAUCUCUACUUCUUGUUGGCAUGGUUCCAUGCUAUCAUACAGGAACGUCUGCGCUACUCCCCACUCGGUUGGUCCAAGCACUACGAGUUCAACGAAUCUGACCUGCGUGUUGCCUGUGACACUCUAGAUGUCUGGAUAGAUAAUGUCGCCAAGGGUCGCACAAAUCUCCCACCAGAGAAGGUACCAUGGGAUGCAAUCUCUGUACUGCUGUCACAGUGCAUAUAUGGAGGCAAGAUUGAUAACGAAUUUGACCAGCGUUUGUUGACAUCGUUCCUGAAAAAAUGGUUCACACCAAAGAGCUUUGAUAGAGAGUUCAAGCUCAUGGCAGGUGUGGAUGGAUCCGUAGGAAAGGCUAUUACAAUGCCUGAAGGAAUCAGACGUGAGCAGUUUGUUCAGUGGACAGAAAAUUUGCCGGCACGACAGACACCUUCGUGGCUCGGCUUGCCGAAUAAUGCAGAGAAAGUACUCCUAACCAACAGAGGUCAGGAUAUGAUCGCAAAGCUGCUGAAGAUGGAGCUGUUGGAGGAUGAUGAAGAGAUCACGGGCACGGAGACGCACACGCAGAAGCGUGAUGCUGAUGGCAGACCACAAUGGAUGAGGGUACUCCACCAGACCGCACUCAACUGGCUCAAGCUAACCCCGACUAACCUGGUAGGACUGAAGAGAACAGUGGACAACAUCAAGGACCCUCUGUACAGAUACUUUGAGAGAGAGGUGAACCUAGGUGCCAAGUUGCUGGAGGUUGUACGCCGUGAUCUGGAUGAUGUGCUAGAAGUAUGCAAUGGCACAAAGAAACAGACCAACUAUCUGCGACAGCUCGUCUCCGACCUUGCUAAAGGUAUUCUGCCUGACACUUGGCGCAGAUAUACCGUGCCACAGGGAGCCACUGUCAUCCAGUGGAUUGCUGACUUCAGUGAAAGGGUUCGCCAGUUGCAGAGUGUGUCCACUGCCGUAUCUCAGGGUGGAGCAGCACAACUGAAGAACCUCAAUGUGUGGCUGGGUGGCUUGUUUGUGCCAGCCGGCUACAUCACAGCGACCCGGCAGUGUGUGGCACAGGCGAACAGCUGGUCCUUGGAAGAGCUCUCUCUGGAGGUGACAGUCUCUGACAAUGAUGGGAGCGAUCUAAAGCUUGAUGACUGCAGCUUUGGCAUCAAAGGUUUGAGGGUACAGGGGGCUAUGUGCAAGAAUAACCAGCUCCACCUUGUCUCUACCAUAAUGACUGAACUUCCAUUGACAAGUCUACGUUGGGUACGCACGGAGUCCUUAACACAAACGAAAGAUUUGAUCACUCUCCCAGUAUACCUGAAUGCUACACGUGGAGAUCUGCUCUUCACUGUGGAUCUUAAAGCUGCAGGAGGUGUCGAUGAGCAUAGCUUUUAUGAGAGUGGUGUUGCACUUCUGUGUUCUGCUUCUGCAAUGUAGCGAUUCUUUGCUUGGAGCACGUGCUUCAACGAUAUAUUGAAAUACAAGCAUAUGCAAGAGUGUACCAUGGAACUUACAAAAUGAAGUAAACCAGCAGGUCUCAUUUGCACAUUAGCACUGAAAACUAUAUUUUAUUUGUAUGCCAAGCACAGUAAUCACAAGUUAUAUGGGUAUUGCACUGUACCUGUCUGUAAUUUAUGCAAUGAGGCAGUUCAUUGAUACCUCCCCUUACCAAAGUAAUGCGGUCCAGAAAAGAACAUUAUUUAGUAAUAUGAAAAUCUGCAAUGUGAAUCCCGCUUUUCCGAUUUAUAUAAUUGUAAAUGCUCUCCUCUCCUUUGGAAAGCUUUUCAACCAAUUUACAGAUUCAAACCAUAGCCUGUACAAAACGUACAAUUGGACAACUCAGGUUAUCAUAAUGCGGGGUAUUAAAGUACAGUGGUCCUCGCUUUAUCAAGACAAUUUGGGAACCAUUAAAAUGUCCCAAUUAAAUGGUUAAUGUAUUUCCAUUUGCACAUGCAUGCCUACUUCUACCUUACGCAAUGGUCUCUGCACAACAUGAACUGUACAAUAUUUAGAAAACCCUAUGCUAAAAAGCCGAAAAUUCUCAGUUUGCAUUUAUUUUUAAGAUCGUUUUACAAUUUUCAGUACAGAAAGAAGGAAAUUUCUUCGGCAGAAAAUAUGUCGUUUAACCCACGUUUUGUUUACCCGAUUUAAAUAACGUGCAUAAGGAUUGGUUUUGUGUUUCGGGAUUGUUUGAUGUUUAAGUGAUGUGCUCAUUUAUUCGAGACCUGAUAGCGCAGGGUCUAAUGCAAUAGUAUUAAGCUGCCCAGUAACGCUUGCUGCUCACAGUAUAGUGUAUACAAUUAGGAGUCCAAUUGUCAUUCAAAAACUGUUAACUGAAAUGAUAGUUAAAAUUGCAGUGUACAUCAUUUAUAAUUAAUUUAAUGCUUUAUUAACUUAUUUAAAAUUGGAAUGUGUAAAUGUAUAUGGAUUGGUUUACCUGAAAUUAUUGCAGUUUGGCUACAAUAGUAUUUGUUGUUUGUGUUAAUUGGUUAUUAUGCUUUAAUAUAAUUUUGUAUAUCAUCAUGAACACAUAUUAUAUAGGUUCAUGAUACCAUCCUACACAGUGUGUCUGCAUGACAUUUCAUUGUCUGGUCUCGAUGAUGACAAUUAAGCACUUCGUUUGGUUUCCCCAAAACAGCAAGUUCUGGAAUAUAUCGUGCGUGAAUCAGAUAACUGUGUACUGAUAUUUCAUUUGCUCUGAAAAAAAAAAAUUCUGCGACUUCA